UCUGUGAGCUGCGGCAGAUGAGCCGCACCCGGUCAUCCCUUCCAUGGUCUUCGGUCAAUGCCCAGCGAUCCUUAUCGUUUCGCUUAUCCACGGAGAAUGAGAGAUUGAGGCGCCGCACCCUCGCGCUGUCCUGCAUUACGCCCGCCCCAGCCCACAGUUUUGUUUAUCCAUAUCACGUUCUGUUUGGAUAUAAUCUCCCACCGCCCUACCAUACUUCCGAGAGCGUGGUGGUGGAAAACAGAGAGAGCAGGUCAUAAUCGAUUGACUGAAAGCAUCAAGGCAAGACAGCAGGGGGAAUACGGCUGUGAUCAGGGCCAUCUCUCUCCUCCCUCUGCACCUGACCCGUGGCUCCUCCACCUAUCCGCUACCGUUGCCGUUCCGCCUUUCCCCCUUGCCUCCCCCUCUGGCCUUGACAGCAGAGCCAAUCUAGAUUUAUAAAAAUAUACCGUGUCGGCAUCUGCCGGAGUUUUGUUGGAAUCUGAUCCCCUCUUCUCGUCUUGCUCGGUUGGGGCCCUCUUCAACUACUAGAUAUCAUCUCUCUCAUCAGGGGAAUUGGGACAGGGUAGGGGUCAUGGCGACGAGGGAAGAAGAGAGGGUGCAUCCCGAUUGCGUCAACUCAUCCAAUCCAUAUCACCAGUGCACCGAGAUCUGCUUCAAAAAGAUUGGCGAUGCCAAGGAUCCGAACAAGAGAAGGGAUCGAUCAGUUCAAAAUGGAGAAAGAAGGAAGGACCAGGAGCAAGGAAUCAUGGCCAGUGGAGUAAGAGGGAAUGUGGAUCCUCUUUGUGUCAAUGCUUCCAAUCCUUACCACAUAUGCGCUGAGUAUUGCUCUAAUAAAAGAACCACUGAAGCCACAAGGAAACAAACCGGGGGAGGCAGAUCAGUGGACAACAAGGAAGGUUUUGACAUGGGACAGAACAGGAAGGUUGACCCGAAAUGUAUAAAUGCAUCCAACCCUUAUCAUAUCUGCGCUGAUUACUGCUUCCAAAAAAUGCAUGAAAAGGAGCGGGCAAAGACAGGCAAGCCAGUUGUGGUUGGAGGACAAAAGAAAGAUGGUUUGAACAUGCUAGAGAGAAGGGAUGUGCACCCCAAGUGUGUUAAAGCAUCCAAUCCCUACCACAAAUGUGCUGAGUACUGCUUUCAAGGAAUAAAUGAAACAAUGUAGCUAACCAAGAUUUUGGGCCAAAGUUGCUCCAAAUCAGGCUUCCAGAAUUACAUCAGGGUUUGCAUUUAUUAGCACUGGAUCUCCUUUUCUAUCCAUCACCUAAAUUUGUAAUUGACAAUGUAUUGACACUGGUGUUCUUGAAGCGUGAAAUCUUCAACUAAUAUAUACUAUCAUAACAUUUAAGGAUUGUGAAGUUAAUAUAUAAUUUGAAAUGUAGAAGAUCUAGUACUGUUCUUGGAAUUCA